AUGGCUCUGGGCUUACGAAUUCAGAUUAGGGAUGGACAUUUGGCAUCGACUUUUGAUAUGACAGGACCGUACAUGUCGCGCGAGGGCGGAAGUACGCAGCUGACAUUUAGACUCGGAACGAACAUCCAGAUUCUACGGCUUGUUUCGGACCGUAGGGGGGCGAUGGAACGGCUGCGAGCGACCGCGUAUCCGUUGCACCGGCGAAGCAAGAGCGCCAGAUUCCGAGUCUUAGUGCUUAACCCCGUUCACGUACGAUCCGAUGCUGCAUUGACGCAGUACGAACGAACGGUAUGGAUAAACCCCGGCCGAGCGACCAAGAAUUUCUGGUCCCGGACAAGGAGCCUAAUCGCGUUCAGAGAUGAAGUGUUGAUCGUUGAGAAUGUUGGCCCUGGCUCAUCAAAAGUCCCACGGUUUAACAAUCUACCGUCAUCCAGCCAAUGUCGUGGGACUGGCCUUCCAGGUUUACAGCCUAACAUCGUUUGGAAUGAGAUGCAGAUGGAUUUGAUUUGCACUAUGCCUGACUUGUGA